GAACUCUUUACCAUCAUCAGGUGAAGCGCACAACGCACCACAGUCUUCAUCCAGUUUUCAAGUGAAAAACAUCCGAAAUCCCUUGGCAAACCACCAAGUCUUAACAACAGAACGCAAAAACACAGAUCAUGGGUAAAUUACGGGAGACGUUGGGCUUGAGCGAACUGACGGAGAGGCACGGAAACAUCGUCUGGAAAUCUCUGCUCUCCGAAUUCCUGGGAAAUUGCAUCUUGAACUUCUUCGGAUGCGCCGCCAUAGUGAAACUCGGCGAUUAUCCGCAUAAGAACGAGCUGAUUUCCUUGGCUUUUGGAUUCACAGUCUUCAUAAUAGUCCACACUUUGGGACACGUGAGCGGCGCGCACGUGAAUCCCGCGGUGACCGCAGGUAUGCUGGUGACAGGCAACAUCCCCGUCAUCAGGGGAAUCCUGUACGUAAUCGCUCAAUGUCUCGGCUCCAUCACCGGUUCCGCACUCCUAAGGGCCAUAACACCCGACAGUAUAAGUUCUUUGCAAUUCGGGCACUCGCAUCUCAACCCAGCCCUGAAGAACGCCUUCCAAGGUAUGGGCAUCGAGCUCUUCCUCGGCUUCCUCCUCGUCCUCACAGUCUUCGGAGUCUGCGACGUCAACAGACCGGAGAGUAAACCGACCGGUGCUUUAGCAAUCGGUAUCGCCGUCGUCGUCGGUCAUUUCGCAUUCAUGGAUUACACAGGAUCGAGCAUGAAUCCCGCAAGAACCUUCGGCUCAGCGGUCAUCUCCGGAGUAUGGGAUAAUCACUGGAUUUACUGGGUCGGACCUUGCAUCGGGGGCAUCUUGGCAGGUCUCCUUUACAAGCACGCCUUCGCCGCUCCUGCCACCGGAAUCAUGAAAGUCACGGAAAGAUACAUAGCCGUUGCGGCCGAUGAAAAAGAGUUGAAACGAUUAGACGGAAAAUCCAGAGAAGAUGCUUGAAUCAACAUCUCAUUAAGCACAACAUUUCUUUUAUAUAUAUAUAUGUUUUUUUUUAAUUCUUAAAUUCUACUUUUUAAAUCGCAAUACUGCCAUCACCUCGAUCAAGUUUACUACUUCCACUUAAGAACAGCCCUCAGUUUAGCAUCAAGUUUUAGCCUGGCUUUUACCACCAAAUUGCAUCGAACUCUUGUCUUGUUUUAUUUGUUGUUUUUUUUUUUGUGUGUAAUGUACAUAUUUAAGGAUCAUGGCGAUUAUACGUUAAGAUUU